AUGACUUUAUCAGCAACAGUUGUAAAUGAUAUAUCAAUUCAUUCAAGUAAACCAUCAUCGAAAUUCGAUAUUGAACUUUGUACAAAUCAAUUAUUAGUAUUUUUACUUCGAGACAUUCAUUUAUAUGAUCAUGUUCGAUUGAUUUGUGCCAAUAUGGUUUAUAUUGAAGAAUUACUAUAUAUUUAUCGUAGUAAUAAAAAUCAUAUUACAGUUUUAUUUGUAUCAAAAAUUUUACGCAAUUUAAUUCCAUUAUUACCGGCAACAACAAAUGAAACAGAAAUCAUGACUAUGAAAAAUCUAUUAGAUGAACUUUAA